GAAAAUUAACCUUCAAAUUCGAACCUUCUUCUCAAAGUAAUCUCUCUCUCUCCUCUUUCUCUCUCUUCUCUCUUCGCCGGACCAAAAAUUCGCUCCCAAAAAAAAGCAUGGAAACUCAAUUGAUUACAGUUGCCGUUUUAAUCUGAGCAGUUCGAUUGAUCAAUCGUCGGAAAUGCAGUGCCCCACCCAUGCCUUCAUCUUCAACGCCACUCAGUGCGCCUGCAACCCUGGCUACCUCUUCAAUUCGAGCAGCAGCAGCACCAGCUGCUCGCUCUUCGCCGCCACCGGACCGGCGGUGGAGCUGAGCAGCGGCGUCGACUACGACUCCGCCCUCCCCUUCCCGGAGGCUAUAUUCUCCUUCGACUCAAUCAAAAAGUUCACCCAGUCUCAGGCCGUGUUUCUCGAGGCCACGCUCGUGCUCCUCCUCUGCUGGCUAGGGUUCUGCCUCCUCCUCCGCCUCUCCCCCCUCGGCUCCGACGGCGUCUCCCCCUGGUUCAGGAUCCGUUGGUGGAUUAGCCGCCUCGACAUCUCCUUCUCCACCCGCCACUGGCUCCACGACCAGAAACCCCUCGUCAAGCGCAAAACCGAGCUCGGCGGCGCUUUCUCCAUCGCCAGCUGGAUACUCUUCAUCGGAUUGUUCGCCGCAUUGCUGUACCAAACCAUAUCGAAGAGGAGUGUCGAGGUGCAUAAUGUUAGGGCUGCAAAUGCACCCGAUUUGGCUUCAUUUUUGAAUGACUUGGAAUUCAACAUCACCACCAUUUCCAGUAUGAGCUGUGCUCAGUUACGUGGCCUGGGCACCGUAGUUACUGGAAAUCCAAUCUUAAUGGAUCGAAGAGCUGUUCCUCUUUCGACUUUCGCUAACUAUUCUUGCCUGAACACCACUUUAGGACCAACCAUAACUAUUCAGUGCAAUAACUGUCGGCUUAUUAGAGACUUCACCUAUAUCACGUGGCAGUUCGUCGAUCUUCCGAACAGUCCGGCAACUGCUGUUGGAUUUCAGUUUAACCUUACUGCAAAGAAACAUGGCGACAAGAAGCGUUUGAGUUUUGUGAGUGGGACUCUGAAAAAUGCCUCCGAUUUUGAUGACAAGCCGGUUACGUAUAGAGGGGUUAUCCCGAAUGUACUGAAAUUCAAUUUAUUUCCUAGAAUCUACCGGAAUUUACACGACCUAAAGAUAAUCCAGCCUCUGUUUCAUGAGUUUCUUCCUGGCUCGUAUUAUGGUGAGGUGAGUCAGCUUCAGUCGUCGCUUCGGAGCUCGAGCGAGGGACUGAUCAACACGACAUUGUUUAUCAAUUUUCUCUCGUCAUACAUUGUUGAGAUUGACAGUCAAAAUAUUUUAGGACCCGUGAGCUUCCUUGCAGAUCUUGGUGGCCUUUAUUGCAUAAGUAUUGGUAUUUUUUUCUUCCUCUUGGUGCAAUGCGAAUAUAGAAUCAAGAGACUUCGACACGAGGAUACCGUAAUGAAGAAUAUCAGGAAUCGUCGAAAAGCUCAAGAAAGGUGGGAGAGAUUGAGAAAAUAUGUGAGGUACACUUGGGGAUCUAGCUCAAUGGAUGACAUGAGAACUGAGCCAAACGAUGUAAAUUGCAUGGGUGUUAUGAAGAAAUCGCAAAAUGGGUCUGCACAGAGACGUAAAUUGCCAGGAACUAUAGAUUCUGUCAGUUUUAACAAAAAGACCACCUUACCAAAUGAGAAGAAAACAGAACCAAAGCAUGUUGUAACUCAAGAGGUCGAAUCUUGCAUGAACGAAAACCAAGAUGAAGGGUCAUCUUUCCCAAAAUGUAAACGAGAAGAUCUGCUCCAUGGAAAUGUAGAAGAUAGAAGAUGCGAUGAUGAAAGUAGUAUUAGCUCACACCAUGCAGAUCUUCCUCCUCUUCCAUCAUGCGAAUUUGGAGAUUCUGGUGAAAUAAGUAUGAACGAUAUUCAGAAGAACCUUCAAAAACUAUACGAAUAUAAUGUGGCGUUGAGGGAGCAGUUAAAAAUUGCCCUUUCGACAAACCACGUUCCAGCGGACAAUGAGUCGCCUUCAACGAUUCGAUAACACAAGUAAUGCUCUAUCCUAAUUGUUGUGAACGAAAGAAUCGACUAAGAAAUUACUUAACUUUGGAGUAUGGAGGCAAACUGGUGAUGAUCCUUUUCCCCCUUUUCUUUUUCUUCUUCGGAAAUUUUAAUUAAUUUAUUAUUAUGUUGUGGGAGGUGGGGGUCGGCUGGAGGGGGAAUGAUGCAUUAUUAAGAAGGAUCGAGGGUAAAUAUUUUUUAUGCGUGUAAAAGUAGAAAUUAUAUUGCCAUCAUUUGUGUUGUUUUGAUUGUAA